AUGUCUCUGACGUUUGAUUACCACUCAAACGAACCUGCUCUUGCUAUGCCUGCUACGCCAUCACCAUCACCUCGUCUCCUAUGGAAGCUCUCACGUCUACAAGAAACGGAUGUACGCAAUUUGUAUGCACAACGCUUUACAGCCCUCUCUCAACCGUUGCUAAAACAGCUGAUCUCGCUUGUGCGCUCACCACCUGAUACACAACCUCCAAUCGAUACCCUCAACAGUGAUCUCACCAAUUGUAUAUAUCAGGCACUGGAUGAAUCCGUUACUCGGCAAUCCCAGCGAACCCAACUUUUGGAAGAAAUUCUGGACCCUCGAUCUUCAACGGCUCUGUGA